AUGGGGAGAGGCGUCGUAUUGGCGGGUUUCUUGGUCGUCGCAAUGCUGGCUUGCCUCAGAGGUGCGGCAGCAACGGAGUAUGUAGUCGGCGAUAGCCGAGGUUGGACCGCGUCGCCAAACAUCACUGUUGGGUAUUACGAUGAGUGGGCCGCCAACAAAACUUUCAGGGGCGGUGACACUUUGAAGUUUGUAUGGAAUGGAACGCACAACGUCGCAAUCGUAUCAAAAGAAGAUUAUGACAACUGCACAAAAGUAAUCUCAGUGUUCUACGGUGGCGAGGCGUUCAGUGUCACGUUUCCAACAGAUGCGAAUGGCCCGUCCUAUUUCAUUUCCACUGUUGAUUCUGACUGCGAAAACGGGCAGAAGCUAGCCAUCAACGUCGUUAGCUCGGCUUCCUCCAUCACCGCCGGUGCUUUGUCUGGGCUAGUUCUCGUAUUAUCAAGCAUCAUGGCGAUGUUUAUGAACUAG